AUUUCAACCCCGGCACCAACACGACGCCUAUACAAGAGCAUCCCCCUGGACAAUUACACCCCCGGCGCCGCGGGGGAGGUGGAGGCGGUGGUGGCCUGACUUCUGUGGCUUAUUCUUCAUCUAGUGACGGCGAACUGGUAGGCCUGCAUCUUAACCAACAACAACAGCAGCUNNUACAGGACACUCCUAGCGUCCUGGCGACCACAGCUGGGGCCCCCACAUACCUGCCAGCAGCGGCCCUUGGACUCGGCCUCCACCAGCACCCCUUGGUGGCCCAUGGUGGCCCUCCAGGGGGCUGUUGCGCUGUUACAACCUCCCACAACAUAGGUCGAGUCCACCCCGCCGCGCUGCUCCCCGCCUCUGCCGCCAGUAUGAUCAUCGAGUGCGCGGGUUGCGCCAAGCCCAUCCUGGACAAGUUCCUGCUCAACGUGUUGGAGCGCACGUGGCACGCCGAGUGUGUGCGGUGCUACGACUGCAGAGGCAACCUCACGGACAAGUGCUUCAGCCGCGAGGGCAAACUCUUCUGCAGGAACGACUUCUUCAGGAGGUACGGCACCAAGUGUGGAGGUUGUUCUCAGGGUAUCUCGCCGAGCGACCUGGUGCGCAAGGCUCGGGAGAAGGUGUUUCACCUCAACUGCUUCACGUGCAUGGUGUGUCGCAAGCAGCUGAGCACGGGCGAAGAACUCUAUGUGCUGGAUGACAACAAAUUCAUCUGCAAGGAGGACUACAUCUCCGGCAAGACGCAUCAAGAGUCGCUGCUGGGAUCUGGAACGGAUGACGAUGAUGACGAUGACAAUAGCACAAGCACGACGGCGACGACACCCGGAGGAACGGGCGGACUGAAGCACCAUCAUCCCGGGGGUGUACACCCCGGUACCACGCCCGAAGCGAACAACAAUUCGUUAGCGCCUGGUGAUAUGACACCCAUCGUAGGGGGGCCUGGUUCCCUCAAUGACAGCAAGACGGGGCAAGACGACUCGGAGGAUCAGGGUUCGCUGGACGGGGACCCGGAGACGCGGGAUUCGCAGACGGAGAACAAAUCCCCGGACGACGGAAACUCGGGGUCCAAGAGACGGGGACCAAGGACUACCAUCAAGGCCAAGCAGCUGGAGAUCCUCAAGACGGCGUUUUCGCAGACGCCGAAACCGACGAGGCACAUUCGGGAGCAACUGGCCAAAGAGACCGGUCUGCCCAUGAGAGUCAUACAGGUAUGGUUCCAGAACAAACGAAGCAAGGAGCGGCGACUGAAGCAGCUGACGUCAAUGGGCCGAGGUCCGUUCUUCGGCAGCUCUCGCAAGAUGCGGGGCUUCCCCAUGAACCUGAGUCCCGCGGGACUUGACGAGGCGCCCCCGGGGUUUCCGUACUUCACUACAGCUGACGGAAAGUUCGAAUUCGGCUAUGGUGCCCCGGCAGGUUUCCACCACGAGUUUUUCCCCGGACACCAUCCUCACCAAGGCCCCCCCGGACAGCCCCUGCCCUUCAACACCCCAGGUGGACCUAUGGACCAGGGUCCGAUGCCCAUGGGAUCUGAGUUUGGGGGAUUGACCCCCGAACCUCCCCCAGGUUUUCUCCAGCAGCCCCCUCCCCCCAACGAGCAACUGAUUUCACAGAGGUCCAGCCCCGAAUUCAUCAGUUCACAGGGCGGGUUUUCCGAGCCGCAGCAGAUGCAGAACGAGGGCCUGGUGUGGUGAUAGCUGCCUGCCGUCAGCGGAACCUCUUGCUGUCAGGACGGCGACGACGUUGAUGAUGAGGAAGACUUCAAGCAAUGAAACGAACAGCUUCAGAUCUAAGCAGUGACUAUUACGGAACCAGUUAUUUAAGAAGACAGUGAACCGUGUUAUCGGAAGCGAUUUAAAAAGUAUUGUCACCAGGAGUGAAUCGUAUUGUGUCAACGGUGAUAUUUGCUAAAAGAAAACACAGAAGAAAGUGCUUAUGAGGGCUGGGAGUGUUAAGUGUCUAUCUGCGACCUGAAUUAAAAGCAAGAAAGUGAUUUGAACUGUGAAUAUGUUAAUAAACGAUUAUUUAAAACACAAAAUGCCAGGUGUGAAAAUGAGUUCUGAAUUGUGUUUCGUGGUCAUCGUAAGCCAAGGACUUCCCGUGGAAACGUUGUACAGAUUGAAGACAGCAACAACCGCUCACGGCUAUGCUAAACUGUAUCAAAAUCGAACACAAGUUAUUCUUGCUUUUAUGUUUAAUUUGACUAUAAACUUUGCACAGAACAGCAAGAACAUAAGAACAAAUAAGCUAUCCGUAAAAAAACAAUCAAUGUGCUUUCGAAUCCUCUACAUCGUGGAGGCUAUCAUUUACACAGAAUAAUACAGAAACUGCUGCACUGUAUCUGCUGUAGGCCUAUCCAAGCAAAGGGAUGGCUACUAAUGUGUAAGAGCGAACUUCAUCCAGUGGUUUGCUUAAAAAUGGAUCGAAGAAAAUAAAACGUGUGUCUGUGUAAAGAAAACGUGACGAAAGAAAAUUUGGAAAUGCAUUUAAGUUUAAGAGAAGAACAAAUUAUCCACGACUUUUACGUGCGUUAAUUAAAAUAACUCUGAAGAGAGAGACAAACAAUUUUCACAUUACAAAUCACCGCAUGUGCUAGAAAGAAAAUACAGUCAAAAAUUAAUCUAACAUUGUUUGUCCUUCCACUAAUCGAAUUAUUCAGAUACCUAUGUGUGCAAAGAAUAAUUUCUGGAGUUAUUUUUAUUCUAAACAGCAUUGUUUUGUUUGAUCAUGUUCCUGUUAUCCAUUGUGAUUAUCUACUGAUUUUUUUAAAAGGAAAGUACUUCAAAAUGUUGUAUGACAUUUAUUAUGCACCAGUUUCGUCUCGUCUAUGUAUCAUAGCUUAGAAACACGGAAUAUGAAUCAGUAGACCACAUAAUGUUCAUUUAUAUGACCUGCCCAACAUUAACAUUUGUGUAUUAGAUUAUUUCCUGAACCAGAAUUCUGACCCUCAGUUACAUAAUUAUUUCCGCUACCCACAAUACAAUGCGGUAGGUUAUACUAUAAUUCCAGCCCCAAGGGAUCAUACAAGUUAAAGAACAGAAUACGAAUUUGUAUAAAUUUUGAUCUGAUGCAGUUUAUUUUUACCCAGUUUAAUACAAUUAUUCAUAACAAUUAUUAUUAUACAACCAAACCUUUCUUUCUACAAUCACACUGAUGAUAGUUUUGAUGCAGCAGUGGAUUAAAGAAAACAUCUAGUGUGUUUCUGCCUGUAGAUACAUGGAUUAAUGUCUAAGCCAGGUUCAUAUUUAAUACAGCUAAAAUAUAGACAUUUAAAAUAAGGGGGCAGGAAUCCUCUUAAUGUGUCCACCCACGUAUACACGUUGUGACCAAAUAAAACCACGAAAAGUACACAGCAUCGGUGUAUCGACGACAGUCCAUUAUUUUCAGAGUGCUUAGAGAACUAAAAUUAAGAAAUUUAGCUAUUGAACAGUAGAGUGGCCACACGCCGUUAAUAAUUUGUAUACAGUGCCACUCCAAGGAGAAUAUGCAAACAUAUUCCAUUCAACUGUCUGAGAAUAAAUGAGAGUUUUUAGUACGUUAGCGCGAAAAUUGAGUAACAAUUCAUUGGCCAUUAACCGUAAAUAAUAUAUCAAAAUCCAGUCCAUACCUCAGAGAAAACACACAUCAUUUUAUAUGUCAAGUGGUUAAUUUUAUUCAGGGAUAUAAUCGCUGUUUGCAGUGACAAUCAUACGGAACCCAUAAAUACAAAAUGCAUAGUUAUUACUUGUUAAAGCAGGUUGUGUAUAUAGUUACCACUGGGCUAGAAAGGGUUAAUAUAGAUGUUUCAAAACGCGUGUCCUUAAUCCAAAAAUUCCUUAAACUGCUGACGUUCGUCAAACGAGUCUAUGUAGGUCUGCAUGGAAUGAUUUCGUCACACACAGCAGUAAAAAGAUUUCAAUAGCUCCGAGUUCCCUUACCCAUAUCCUUGAUAUUGAAAACCCAAUAAUUGUUUAAUGUGGAGAGGAAAGGUUCUCUUCCACAAAAACACAAAACAGAGAAAAUUUAAAUAUGUCAAGUAACACAGCACAAAUAAAUACACGUACUGCAAUUUAUCGACUCUUUUAUUAAAGAGGAAAAUUAUUUAAAGGGAAUCAGUGGAAUAUUUUAAAUAUCGUAAGAAAAUGUAUUUUAAAUUAAAAUUAAUAUUAGUAUCAUAAUAAUCACUCAUAUUCCCACUUCCUAUCAAAAACCUAUAGAUCGCGGAAAAUAUAAGAAAAUUCAGGCCUCAAUUGUAUGUGUUGUUUUGUCGUGUGAACGUUCGUCUCUCACCCUGAGAACAUAAAUUGAGAGUGUCAGUGAAACGGGAAUUAGAAAAAUAUUUGGACCCAAAAGAUAGAACUACCUGGAUGGAGAGAAUUACGUAAAGUUGAACUUCGUAAUUUUUACGUUCCACCAAAUACUAUUGGUGGUGACAAAGUCACGGCGAAUUACAUGGGCGGGACAUGUGACACGCUUGAAAGAAUAAACAUUUGUGAAAAAUGUGUAUUUUGUUUAAAUAUAUCUCACCAUAUAACAUU